UAUCGUCUCAAUACCAAAAAAAAAAGAUCAAUAAAAAUAUCCACAGUAGAAUGUAUCAACACUAGUAUAAGUAAGAAUAACAAGCACUAGAAGUCUUUUUGGUUAGUCAACAAAAAACAAAAAUCUCCAUUAAUAUAUAUAGCCAUGGCUACAGAUGCUAUUCCGGCAACGGCAGAUGAUCGGAAUAUCAGCCGGAAAAUCGGACGGUCAUUGAGAACGAAGUGCCCGGCGCCGUUCUUGUUGAAAACUUAUGAUAUUUUGGAGGAACAAGAAGAAGAGAAUAUUAAUAAGGUUAUUUCAUGGAAUGGUGAGGGAAAUGGUUUUGUAGUGUGGUGUCCAGAUGAGUUUUCUGAGCAUAUGUUACCAAUAUACUUCAAGCACAACAAUUUCUCCAGUUUCAUACGACAACUCAACACCUAUGGAUUCAAGAAAGUAACAUCAAAACGGUGGGAAUUUCAGCAUGACAAGUUCAAGAAAGGGUGCAGACAAUUGUUAAAAGAAAUAACAAGGAAGAAAUGUGAGCCAAGUGCCUUUCCUACAUACUUACAGCCAACUGAAAGGAAUACAUUUGCUAUAAAAGAAGAGAAUACAACAAAGCAGCUGCUCAUGGAAGAGAACAAAAACCUAAGAAAAGAAAGGUUAGAAUUGCAAAUGCAGAUUGCUCAUUUCCAAAAAGUGGAGAUAAAGUUGUUGGAAUGCCUUUCUCAAUAUGUGGAAAAUUCACAAAAUAAAACUAGAAGAUUGUUUUAGAAUGCACGGGAGCUUCGUACAACGAACUAUUUUUUUAUUUUUUUUAUUUUAUAAACAGCUAUGUAUAAUUAUCUCAAACCCAAUAAUUUUCGGGGGGGGGGGGGGGGGAAGGGAGAAGAUAAUUAACCCCGUGCACCCCCUCCGUUUGGCCAAAAAAUAAUUAUCUUUGGCUAAACUAAUUGAAUGUAUUAAAUGAGGGGUUAAACCUAGCUAAUAAUAAUAACUUCAGAUAUGAAUUCAA